AUGCGGGGCGCGGCGCGGGCGGCCAGGGGGCGCGCGGGGAAGCUGUGGCCGCGGCCCCCCGCCCCGGGCCCUGGCCCGCCGCCGCCGCCGCUGCUGCUGCUGCUGCUGGCCGCGCUGCUGGGCGGCGCGGGCGCGCAAUACUCGAGCGACCUGUGCAGCUGGAAGGGGAGCGGGCUGACGCACGAGGCCCACAGGAAGGAGGUGGAGCAGGUGUAUCUGCGCUGCUCUGCGGGCUCCGUGGAGUGGAUGUACCCGACCGGGGCUCUCAUCGUCAACGUUCGGCCCAACACCUUCCCGCCCUCUCGACACCUGACUCUGUGCAUCAAGCCCCUCAGGGACUCCUCAGGGGCCAAUAUUUAUUUGGAAAGAACUGGAGAACUGAAGCUGCUGGUACGGGACGGGGACCGUGGGCCCGGCCAGGUGCGCUGCUUUGGCUUCGAGCACGGUGGCCUUUUCGUGGAGGCUGCGCCCCAGCAGGACAUCAGCAGGAGGACCACGGGCUUCCAGUACGAGCUGACCAGCCGGCACGCGGGGUCGGACCUCCAUGCUCUGUCAGCCCCAUGCUGCCCUUGCAGUGACGCGGAAGUGCUGUUGGCGGUCUGCACCAGUGACUUUGUCGUCCGAGGCUCCAUCCAGAACGUCACCCACGCACCAGAGCAACAGGAGUCCACCAUCCACCUGCACGUGAGCCGGCUCUACCGGCAGAAGAGCAGGGUCUUCCGGCCCGCCCCAGAGGGCGGUGGCUGGCGGGGGCGAGUUGCCACGCUGCUGGAGUGUGGUGUGAGGCCUGGGCGUGGUGAGUUUCUCUUCACCGGCCACAUGCACUUUGGGGAGGCCCGCCUCGGCUGUGCCCCGCGCUUCAAGGACUUCCAAAGGAUGUACAGGGAUGCCGAGGAGAGGGGCCUGAACCCCUGCGAGAUGGGUACGGAGUGA